CCAUUCUCCUUGGCAAAUGUUCCACUUGGUGUCUUUGAGCAUCCGUCCGGACAGCACCACAUAGCGACGCGCAUUGGAGACUGCGUGGUCGAUGUGCAUGAGCUUUCAGCGACACUGCGUAAGAGCGAGAUACUAGAGAAGGACUUCGAUGAAACUGUUCUGCUACAGCCGACAUUAAACGCACUCGCGGCGCUCGGAAACCGCAAGACAGCAAGCUUAAGAAGAGCUCUCAUUCAACUUUUGCGAGACGUCAUGGCAGGUCAUGCGUCGUUGCCAGAUCAGAUAUUGCAUUCCGCAGAUCGGAUCAAAAUGUGUUUGCCCAUGACGAUUGGUGACUAUACGGACUUUUAUGCGGGUGUCAACCAUGCCACCAACGUAGGCAUCCUCUUCCGUGGCAAAGAGAAUGCUUUGCAACCAAAUUAUCGACACUUGCCUGUUGGCUAUCACGGCCGUGCUUCGAGUGUUGUUGUGUCUGGCACGCCUAUUCGUCGACCAUGCGGUCAGAUCCUCCCUGGGCCAGUCUUUGCGCCAUGCAAGAAGCUGGAUUAUGAACUAGAACUCGCUGCCUUUGUCGGUAAGGACAAUGCUAUGGGCGAACGCAUCAAUGUCGAUGAAGCCGGAGACUACAUUUUCGGUUAUGUGCUCAUGAACGACUGGUCUGCGCGUGACAUUCAAGCUUGGGAGUAUGUGCCACUCGGUCCGUUCAAUGCCAAGAACUUUGGCACGACCAUCACACCAUGGGUCCUGCAUCCCGAGGCUGUCAAGCCUCUUAUGAAGGCUUCGAAGCACAGUCAAGACCACUUGCUGCCGUACCUCAAGCAAAAGGAACCAAAGGAUUUGCACUUCAAUCUGACUGUUUCGAUUCAAGGUUUGCUAUGCGAAGAACUGAUCGGAAGUGCCUCGUCUGACAACUUGCUCUACAACUUUCCACAGAUGCUGGCUCACCACACCAGUACUGGCUGUCCCAUGCGUUGUGGUGACUUGCUAGGUUCCGGUACCAUUUCAGGAGAAGGGACCAGCGCCAUGGGCAGUCUUCUUGAGGCUAGCGAGAAUGGCAAGAAGCCUUUGCAAAACAAGCUCGGUCUGCAAGACUUUCUGCGAGAUGGCGACACGGUUAUCAUGCGAGGCAUGGCAAGCACAGACUCUGGCAACGUUGGCUUUGGAGAGUGUAGUGGGCUGAUCCUACCAGCGCUA